AUCGACACGAGCGCCGCCUCGGUGUACCAGCCCGCCCAGCUGCUCAACUGGGUCUACCUGUCGCUUCAGGACACACACCAAGCUAGUGCUUUCGAUGCCUUCCGGCCCGAGCCGCCCGCCGGCGCCGCGCCCCCGGAGCUGGCCUUCGGCAAGGGCCGCCCGGAGCAGCUGGGCUCUCCCCUGCACUCCAGCUAUCUUAACAGCGUCUUCCAGCUGCAGCGCGGAGAGGCGCUGAGCAGCAGUGUGUACAGGAAUGCUUCACCCUAUGGCUCCCUCAACAACAUCGCUGAUGGCCUCAGUUCCCUUACUGAACAUUUCUCAGACCUGACGCUUACCUCUGAGGCCCGCAAGCCCAGCAAGAGGCCUCCGCCCAACUACCUAUGCCACCUGUGUUUCAACAAAGGACACUACAUUAAGGAUUGCCCUCAGGCACGCCCCAAAGGUGAGGGCCUGACACCGUACCAAGGCAAGAAGCGCUGCUUUGGAGAGUACAAGUGUCCCAAGUGCAAGAGAAAAUGGAUGAGCGGGAACUCCUGGGCCAACAUGGGGCAGGAGUGCAUCAAGUGCCAUAUCAACGUGUACCCGCACAAGCAGAGACCCCUGGAGAAGCCUGAUGGCUUGGAUGUAUCUGACCAGAGCAAGGAGCACCCGCAGCACCUCUGUGAGAAGUGCAAGGUCCUGGGCUACUACUGUCGCCGUGUGCAGUGACCUUGGCCACCACCACAGCACCCCUCAGCUGCCACCUCCCUGUGCUGCCCAAAGGGCUGAAUGGCCUCAUAUUUGAGGAGGCCUCACAGACCUGUGGACUUAAGCAGAGGAGUUUCAUGUCCUCGUCUUAUGUUCUGACCAUGUGGCUGACAUGCUCCAGACAGGGUGCAGAGACUGGAGGCUCAGGGACAGAGGCCAGCAGAAGCCGUGGUGUACCCGCAGGCUCUCUCCCUGAGUGUCUUUGAGGCCAAAUGGCUUUGUAUCUGCCACAAGUACACUAAGUGAACUGUGAAUCCUGAGGCCUGAGGGAAGUCUUCCCUCUAAGACCAGCCAGGACCUAUCCCUCUCAGAACCUUGCAGCUUGCCUCCUAUGAAAAGCCACUCUGGGGAAGUCCUGUUCCAUUCCUAAUCUAUAUCCACAGAGGGCAGUCGCUUGUUCUAGCAGCCGUGGGGGAGUAGUCCUCUGUUGUGGCCACAUUGAGUCCCAAAUCUGACCACCCCUGAUAUCACUGCAUUGCACCUGGUAGCUAAGUACAGUCCCCUCUGCCAAUGGGACCAGCAGACAGGGGGAUAUUAAACAGUGAACAGUGCUCCCCCACUUAGGUUCUGUCAGAUGCUCUGUCUUCAUCCUUUGCCUCCCACCCACAUCAGGGAUGCCACCCCACAAAAUCUGUAAGCCUUUAUGGCAUGAAGGAUACAGCUCUCAGCAUUCUGGGACUACUUUAUGCCACCUGAGUCAAGGACAUCUCAUCUCCAGCCUCAGUUUCCCUGCUAGUUAAGUGAGAAAGUGCCAUCAGAAAGCCAAGAGGCCCCAGUGAGCUUUGAUGACUUGGAAGAAAGCUGGCUGUCUCUGGAACACAGAGUGUCACUGUCGGGGAUGGGGUGUCCCUAGACAGCCAGGUGCACUGCCUUCCAAAUCCUGGUCGCCACCUAGGAAGUCAGGCUGAGUGAUGCCAGGUCCUCUCCUACAGCCCUCCUAGCCUGAUAUCCCUAUCCCCUGAGAAGAUGGAAGAUGACCCCUCCCCAGGUCUUCUUAGCUCCUCACAGUGGGCAAACCUAAAAUGAGCCACAGAACCUCUCCUUUGGAAACUGGGGAUAAUGAUUUCCUACUUUUCUAGGAAGGCAGAGAGAUCUCCUGGCAUGUCACAUGGCCCAAGAGGGCCACUGUCCUGGCCAGGGUCAUCAGUGCACCCCCUCCCCCCAUGACAAGCCACAGUUCUCUGUCUUUUUCCUCUUCACCAGCUUCCAGGAAUGAGUAGCUUGACUUUGCCCCAACACUAUGCCUCUAUAGAGAAGAGAAACGAAAAAAAGAAAAAAAAAAAAAAAGUCAGACCAUGAAACAGGCCUGAAAUUCAGUGUUUACACAUGGUGCCCAGUUGCCCUUUGUUUUCAAAUGAAAAUGCUUUGUACGACUGAGGAGUCACAGUGAAGUGUUAACCAAGGGUCCAGGGAGUGAGUGGAAGAGAUGGUCGUAUCUGCAGCCAUUUCGCUGCGGGAUAGAUUUGGGAAGAACAUACCCUCUGAACACUUAACAAAGAUAUCUGUGGCAGUCCAGAGCACUGGCUGCCACCCUGCUGCCCAUGAGUGGUGGCAUGCUGGGCUGCAGACUGUGAGCACCCAGCACCAAAGACUCUCCAGUUUUGCUGUUGCACUAGGGCUAUCCCAUGCCCAGCUUCCUGUGGCUUAGGAAGGGGUUGUUUCUGUCAGUCAUCCCACUGGGCCUCUGUAGAGAAUGUGCAGUGGGUAGUGUGCUUGUGUCCCAGAUGAGGACAAGCUGGGCAUGGGUGUGCUUGGUCCAAGAUUCAAAGAGCCCGACGACAGUCUUCAGGAAGCCAGGGCUGGCAGAAGGUGGGACAUCUCCCUACAGUGGCCAUUUUGGUCACUGUAUGGACAUCUGGUCAUAGCCAGGCCCUCUUGCCUCAGGCAGCCCCUCCCUGGUCCUGCCUUGCAAUGCUUUGGCUGAAUUUGUGAUCUUUUUGAGGCAAGCAAAAGAUAGCACUAUCUAGGCUGGGUGCUGGAAGAGUUAAUGCUCAGAAGGCAUGGGAGCCCAGGGGACAAGAAAGUGUGUGGUUUUAGUACAUACAAAAGGGACAAUCGCUUGCAGUCAGUAGAUCUAGCGAUCUAGUUGAGAGAGAAUGGUGUUUACCCCAUAUGAAGUAUUCAAUAGCUCUACUUGUGAAUUUGUAUUUAUUUUGAGUUAUACUUGACACAGAACUCUUUUUUUAAACAAUGCUAUGUGUGUAUUUUGGGAAAAAAUUCAUAGAUGUUAAAAUUUCUGCAUGGUUACCAGUUUUUCUUAUGACACUGAACUUGGUAGCCUUUUCCCCCCAAAUUCUUCAUAGUGAUUUUGUUUGUAUAUACUUGAGGGUCUUUUUUUUUUAAAAGAAAAGAAAAGUAGGAUUGCUUGAUAUUAUUGAAAUUGAAAACAACAAAAAGAGGCAUUAAAAAAAAAUAAGUGCUUUGAGAGGGCAAUCCAUAUCUAACAGAUUCCUAGACCCAGUUUUGCAAGUCUGGUUGAUCUGUAAGAGAGUAUUUAUAGUGAGAACUUUUCUUUUUUUGUGUGUUAUUUUUUCUAUGCUUUGGUCUGUAAAAAGUAUGCAACUGAACUACAUUAAGAAGGAAAUAUUAUCUACAUAGAAUUAUUAUAUGAAGUUGGUACAUAAUUCUAACGAGGAAAAAAAUCUUUGUAAUCCUUUAUGCUAUGUUGGUUUUUGUUUUUUUUCUAUUUUGUUUCCUUGGAUGAAAAUAUCAGUAUUAAGCAGCCAGUAUAUUAUUCAUCUGUUUAGACUUAUUAAUAAGCUCUUGUCCUGUAUUUAUAUAUUUGUGUAUUUGGGAAGUAUUGCUUUUUUAAGGGGAGUUAUCAGUGGACAACAUGAUAAAAAGGGAACAGAGAUCCUUUGGACCUCUUCCUCUGAGGUUGGCAGGUGGCACCUCCAUGUAAUUAUCUUGUUAUUAUGAUUUUAUUAAUGUUUUAGGGUAGGGCAGGGAAUGGGCAAGGGAAAAGGACACAUUGGGAGAACGGGUCCUUUGGGCUGCCAGCCUUGUCAGCCAGAUGCAAGGAGGUACAUGAAAACAGGAGGCAGGCUUCCUCCUCGCCAGAGCCCAGCCUCCCAGGCCCAAGCUCUUUGAACUUGGAUCUGUCCACCUGAGCCCUAUACCUGCCUUUUAGCAUCUAAUGGACUUGAAUCUACUCUAAACAAAAGUUUAAUCCAACCUCACUACAUUGUAGCCAGUGCAACAACUAACAGUGAUGUAAGGGAUGUUGCGGCCUUCUGGGAGGUGGCAAUGAGGUCCAUUGCUUGCUCUCACGGCCACCUUACCUGUACCAACCCCUGCACCCCCAUGUGGUGAUCCUGUCCAUGUCUGUGUCUGUUCAUGUGUGUACAUUCAGCUAAGAAGACAAACAGAACCCGUGAGCCCCGCCUGGAGGGUACCUGGAGAAGGCUCCUGACUUCCCUGAAGGGCCGGCCUCGGGGUGGCAUUCCGUUGUGUGCCUUAUUCCUGGAGACUCUGUAUACGGCUUGCCUAUGAAAAUAUAGCCUUUCUGUGCUGUAUUAAAAGGACUUUGGAAAGAA